AUUCAUCACAAAGUCUUCAUAUUUCACAUAGUGAUUGUCAUAACUAGUAGAUGACUCCUAUUGAUUUUGGGGUCACUAGGUCAAAGGUCAAGGUCACAGGGGCCUUAAAUGUCAAAAUGGUUUCCGCUGAUUAUCUUGAAAAGUAUGUAUCACAAAGUUUUCAUAUUUCACAUAGUGAUUGGUCAUCACUAGUAGAUGACCCCUAUUGAUUUUGGGGUCACUAGGUCAAAGGUCAAGGUCACAGGGACCUUAAAAUGUGAAAAUGGUUUCCGCUGAUUAUCUUGAAAAGUAUUCAUCACAAAGUCUUCAUAUUUCACAUAGUGAUUGGUCAUCACUAGUAGAUGACCCCUAUUGAUUUUGGGGUCACUAGGUCAAGGUCACAGGGGCCUUAAAUGUCAAAAGGGUUUCCGCUGAUUAUCUUGAAAAGUAUUCAUCACAAAGUCUUCAUAUUUUACCUAGUUAUUGGUCAUAAGUAUUAGAUGACCUCUAUUGAUUUAGGGGUCAUUAGGUCAAAGUUCAAUGUCACAUGGGCCUUAAAUGUCAAAAUGGUUUCUGUUGAUUUUUCCAUAAUUGAACACUUCCAUGUACCCAUUUUUGGCAAGUUUCUUUAAUAAAAUUACCAAUAAUGUGAGUAAAUGGCUAGAAAGGGGGGUAUAUGUGUCGUUCGACAUUCUUGUUUUAACUUUGAGGUGUUUAGCUUCAAAGUAUAUAAAAUGUUGGAAAAGAAUAUAGUGAUAGUGCAAUUUGAGUCCUUUGUGUAGAUAAGGAAUAGAUUUAGUAUGAUAGUCUUAAUAAUGAAUGUUCACAGAAGAAAAUUAAUACUUUGGUUUUAAUAGCAUUAUUAUUGUAUGUUUAUCAUAGGUUUAUAUAGAUGUUUGUAUAAACAGAUUUUGCAUAUGAGCCGUGCCACGACAAAACCAACAUAGUGCGUUUGCAACCAGCAUGGAUCCAGACCAGCCUACACAUCCGCGCAGUCUGAUCAGGAUCCAUGCUGUUCGCUAUCAGUUUCUCUACUUGUAAUAGAGUUGGUAAGCGAACAGCGCAGGAUGCGCAGGCUGGUCUGGAUCAAUGCUGGUUGCAAACGCACUAUGUUGGUUUUGUCAUGACGCGGCUCAUAUAACAUUUUAUGUGAAAAAAACAUAUAAAAAAGAUAAUAGAGUAGUAACGUUUUUAGGAAUAUGUACUCAGUACUUAAUAUGUAGAUCUUACACUGAGACACUUUAAGUAUAAAAAGAAGCAACAUAUAAUUUGUAAAAUACUAUACUAUACUUUAGUGUUAAUCCUAGAUUGUUUUUGUUUUUAAAUAAUUUCAUUCAUUAAAAUUUGUAUAAUGCGUGUGCAAAUAUCUUGAUCUGCCUAUUUAUUUUAAUGUAACUUAUCUAGCUGAUUCAAAAGAUUCUGAAAUUAGUGUUUGUUGCUAAAAUUGAUAUUUCUGUGCAAAGUAUUCAUGGUAAUUAAUUAUAUUUUGUAACCUUAAUUUGGUAUAAUUUCUUGACUGUGAAUCAUGUUUUUUUAUCAACUCAAUCUUAAAUAAUGGCAAACACUAAAACAGAAAAUCAGAAGAAAAUAUGUGAUUUAUAAUCACUAGUACGUCAGUUUGUUUUAUCUUUUAAACUUCCUAUAUCGUACUUGAUCUUAUGACUUUAAUGAUACAAUUUGUUAAUUGUGAGAAUAAUAAUUAAUGGUUUAUAUUUUACUACUAUAUCUUUUAUUGCAGGAAAGACAGGAAAGAGAAGAUCAUGGAUUGUUGUUCCCACAUGGUGAACAUGGCGAUGAUAAUGAUAGUAACAUUAACAGUGAGUUGCUGCAAGCACAGUCGUAUGAAUCCGAACAUACUGGUAUACAAGAGAGUGGAAACUUAUAUACUAGAUCAUACACUGGCUUAACUAUGUUUGUCCCGACAGAAAAUUACAGAACCCUGCAAGGUUCCCCUGAUAUAAAUUCUGCCGAUGUAAAUGAACUGAUUGGGACUGAUGAACAAGAUCAUCAAAUUUUUGAUGCAAUAGACAAUGAAUUGGACUUCUACCGUGGUUCACAGGCAGUGAGAAUGGUUCUUUCUGAGGGUUACUCUCAGAGAGAAGUGGACAUUGCAGUAGAAGACAUAAUUUCAGAGGAUGGUAUAAUAACGGUGAAUGCCCUGAUGUAUAAAUUACAAUACUUGGGAUUUACCCCAAAGAAUUGAAUAUAAGACUGCAUGGAUUAUUCAUGUAUAAUAUGCUUUAAUGUAUACUUAGUAAUUUCAUUUGUUAAAGAUUAUAAUAAUAUAGCAUGUAAAAGGUAUUGGUGUACACUAUAAUGCAUACAUUUCACUCAUAUAAAACUUCAACCUUAGAAAGGUAAAAGAAAUUGUAUAGAAGUAAAUUUAAAGAUUUAACCUAUUUCUAAUAGCAAGAUUUCAUUCUUGCAUAGUCCAUCAUGGGCCAUUAUUAAUUGGCAACUUUUUACACAAUAUCUUCCAAACCAUAUUGUAGAUUUUGACCAAACUUGAUAGGAAUGAUCCUUAGCUGGACUUUAAGGGAUUCAAGUAGGUCACAGGAGCAAAGAAUGAAUAUAUUUAGAAAUCUUUUCUUUAGAAACAUCAUUGCACAGAACAUAGAUACUUAGCAUGUGUCAUCACCUUAAAGCGACCUUCAGCUUUUCUAAAGGUCAGAUAUGUUAUUUUUAGAUAAAUCAUUGUCAAAUCAAAAGAAUUAAGGUUGAAAAUGAAAUUUGCCAUCAAUAGAAUACAUAGAUAGUAAGGAAGCCCCUCGAUACCUCUAAUCUAACGGUCUGCUCUCUAUAUUUAAAUUAGUAAGGCCGACAAUUUGUUUCCCGAUCUUCUAUUUUUAGAAAUGAAAGUCACUCACAAGUUAUUAAAAGCUCUAGGAAUGCUUUGUUGAAGAAGACUUAACAGUGAUAUGAUGUACUUUUCAAGAUAAAAUUACUAAAAUACUUAGUUUGAAACUACGCAGAAUUUGGUUUUUCCAACUAAAAAUAAAGUCUAAAGGCCGCUUUAAGGUCCCAUUGAAAAGUCAUUUAAUACACUUGUCAUUAUAGAUAGUAGCAAAUUUAACCAUGAUUUCAACUAAUUAGGAGUACAUCACACAACCAAUUUGUGGCAUGUGCAAAAACAGUGAAACGUGACAUCAUAUUUUUCAUCAUCUAAAAGUGAAAACGGAGCUGAUGUCUUGAUUUUGUGAGUAACAUUUAAAAACACAAAGUUUUACGGAAAUGCAUAAGAAAAUGCAACAGUUUUAUUCAUGCAAGUUUAUACUACAUUAAAAGGAAGUACCUCUGUGUCCACAUGUGAGAGGGGCCCUAAAGAAACAGGAGUUUUAAUGACAGAAAUAUCAAAAUUUUGAAAAAUGAAAAACCUACAACAUUAAUCAACAAGUCACUUAGUGUAUGAAAGACAUUAAUACAUGUCAGAUAUAGGUUGAGAAAUAAAACUAGGCCCACUUAAUAAAUAAUGGCCUAAGGUUUUAGCCCUAUAUUGCAGUAUAUUAACCUCGUAAUAAACAGUGGACCAAAAUUGAUAAAGGGAACAGAUUUCAAAAACUACAAUUUUCAGAGUUUAAAUGUUGGUCAUGUAGCAUCAUCUAGUGGUUCUCUACAAAAGUUAUAUAAAUCAUGGUUUUAGCGUCAAAAUUUGCCUGUCCUUGGUGUCACUUAGUUUACAUAGACUUAAACUGGAAAACAAAUUAAAAUAUCUUGUGUAGAACCAUUUACUUAUCUGACAUGUGCUAUUGCCUAGUGGACUUCUACAAACAUAGACCUACAUAGAUAAAUGCUUUAAAAUCUGCUUCUCUAAAACUUUAAUUAUAUCCUAGGGAUUAUAUAUCUGAUAUGGAGCAUUGCCAAGCACACCUCUGUAAGUAUAAUUCUCAUUUAAAUCUAGUGCUUGUGUGAAAAAUUCUGUGAAUGCAGUGCCCAAAGCAUAGAUAUUUAGCAUGUAGUUUUCACCAUGUAUAUCCAAUAACGCCGGAAUGUGAAAAUAACACACGAUUCGUGCAAUAAGUAACACAGAAUUGUGCAAUAAAUGGUGGAUACCUGACAGUAUUUCCAAUGCGGUAAGAAAACUGGUCAAAUAUAGUUAUCCCUCAUCAAGAUUAUUUCACAAAAUUGUUUACUUUUCAAGAUCAUUCGUGAAAAUGAUGGCUUGACCUCCGUUUUGAGCAAGAUUUUGGCUUUUU